ACUUCCCAGGACAAACUCUUGUUCUGGCAUGUUUUCCCUUUCGUGCAGGUGUGGUAUAAUAAUGUAAUACUAUUAAUAAAAACUCGACUGACAGUUUAGCUGCUGCAGUCUGUUAAGCUGAAUGUCAGCAUUAUAAAAUAACAAUAAUUUAAGGUGAAGAACAGUAAAGUAGGUCGGAGUGAAGGAGCUCAGGUCGGGAAUCGGACGGAACCACUGAAGCAGCGUCCUGGACUGAACUGGACCUUCAGACUCAGUGGAUCGACUGCAGUCCCGUCUUUCUCCAUUCAUCAGCUCCUGUCUCGGUGCAAAGGCUUUCCAUCAUGUUCACAGAGGUGCUAGCUGCUCUGGUGAUCGGAGGACUGAUCUACUUCCUGGUUCAGAGGAGCAGGACCCAGGUUCUUAAGACUGAGGAUGGCUGGUGGGGGGCUGGAGUACGAUCUGCCGCUGAGGAGGAUGUCACCAUCUGCCCCUUUAAAGUUACCACCAGCGAUGAAGAGCUGGAGGACCUGUACAGGAGGAUUGACCAGACUCGUCCUGUUCCAUCACUCGAGGACAGUCAGUUUAAUUAUGGCUUCAACUCCCACUACCUGCAAAAGGUGUUGUCUUACUGGAAAAAUGACUUUGACUGGAGGAGACAAGUUGACAAACUCAACCAGUACCCUCAUUUUAAAACCAACAUCGAAGGUAUUGAUGUCCAUUAUGUGCAUGUUAAGCCCAAGAAGGUGCCAGAGGGGACCAGUCCCAUCCCUCUGAUUAUGGUUCAUGGCUGGCCCGGUUCAUUCUAUGAGUUCUACGGGUUGAUUCCUCUGCUGACAGACCCAUCAGACCCAAACGACCUAGUGUUUGAGGUGGUGUGUCCCUCCAUACCAGGAUAUGGCUUCUCUGAAGCACCACAUAAGAAAGGUUUUAAUUCGGUUUGUGCGGCCCGUAUCUUCCACAAACUGAUGAAGCGUCUGGGCUUCCAGCAGUUCUACGCUCAUGGAGGAGACUGGGGCUGGCUGGUCACCACUAAUAUGGCUCAGCUGGAACCCAAAAUCGUCAAAGGCCUGCAUGUGAACUUUGCUCCACCCUCCAAGCCGGGGCUGCUCAUGACUUUAUCCAUCAUGCUUGGCCGUCGUUUCCCUAAGCUAUUCGGCUUCACCGACAGGGACACUGAGCGCCUCUAUCCCUGCAUGGAGAAACUGGUGGUGGAAUCCAUCAAAGAGAGUGGCUACAUGCACAUUCAGGCCACCAAGCCUGACACUGCAGGACGAGGGCUUAAUGACUCUCCCGUGGGUCUGGCUGCCUACAUUCUGGAGAAGUUCUCCACGUGGACAAACCGCGACUUCAGGAACCUAGAGGACGGGGGACUCACCAGGAAGUUCUCUCUGGACGACGUGCUGACUAACGUGAUGAUCUACUGGACGUCCGGCUGCAUCACCUCCUCCAUGAGGUUCUACAAGGAAAACUUUGGCAAAGGUCUCAAUGACCCACAUGUAAAGAUACCAGUCUAUGUGCCCACCGGCUUCGCCUCCUUUCCUAACGAGCUGAUGCACACACCUAAACUGUGGGUGCAACAGAAAUACCGUAAACUCGUGAGCUUCACCCCCAUGGCUCGUGGCGGCCAUUUUGCUGCUAUGGAAGAGCCCCAGCUGAUGGCCGAAGACAUCCAGAAGUUUACAAAAAUGGUGGAGAAGAAGAAACAGUAGAGUUUGCACUGAUGAACAGGUGAAGGAACUGUAAGUAAAGCAGAUCAGUGAAUCAGAAACUAGAACGUCGCGCUGAGCUGUAAGUAGGCACAUAUAGACAGUAAAUGUAGAUAGUCAAGUACGGUUUUUUUAUGUAGUGGAAUUUACAACAGAGUAUAGAUUUUUAAAUGAAAUUCCUAAUCAUAUUUUUUAUUGACUGAACCAGUCGUAUACAGUGAUAGUAUUACAAAAUGUGUUUGUUUGAAACUCGUGCAGUCAAGAAGGAACAGAGAAAGCACAGAAGAUUAAUUCAUGAGAUUAGUAGAUCAGAAUGUAUGGGGAAUUCUGUUUGCAAGCUGUGUGUGCUACAAAAAGAAUGGACAAAUGAUUGUACAGUAACAAAACAAGAUAGCAGGAGCAGGAAAUCUACAAGUCCAGCUCCUUUUGAAUCAACUUUUAGUCUACAGCUUUCACUUUUAAACUCAUAAUGAAGAUACAUUUUGUACAUAAAGGAAUGUUUUAAGGAUGCAGUACUAAUUCAAGCACUACCAUUGUUAUCUACAAAAGCACAGUAAUACAUUUACAGCAAAACACUUUUUCCAAGUAUCGUAAAAACCUGCAGCUUGAAUCACAGCGCGUUUGUGAGUUUGGGAGCUGCAGAUGCAUUAUUGAACACGGGCCACUUCACUGUAGUUUCUGACUUUUUUUAACUGCUUCCCUCAGUCUUGUGGUCUAAAGAACAGUUUACUAAGCAGCUGCAGAUGGGAGGUCAGAGGACACUUGGUGUUAUUGUGUUGACAGCAUAGACAAGGUGCCAGGCAUUCCUCUGACUGAUAGCAUGAAACCUCUGUACAUAGUAACACGAUUGCCUUAAACCCUCAGAUAAUGUUUAAUUAUUUUUUUUAACUUCUUUUCAUUGAAAACAUACAUUUAGUAGUUUAAAAUCUUUUAAAGCAGAUUUUUCAGUGCUCGGUUUAUUCCACACUUAACGGAAUAAGUAGUUAUUUUACGGUUGCCUUUGAUUCUUUGUGAGUGUCUCUAGACUCACAAAUCUGAUGCAAAUGUGCAUCAGAUCCACAUUUUGUAUCACCAAUUGCUGGAUUUGCUCAUUUCAAGCCGUUUAGAAUGUCUCGAAUUAUGGGUUAUUAAUGCCAACUUUACAAUUCAAUUCAGUGUAAUUUUAUUUAUAUAGUGCAGAUUCACAACGUAUGUCAUCUCACGGCAGUUAACAUAGUAACGUGCAGACCUUACGAAUCAUAAACAACAGAAAACCCAGCUAUCCAAAGUUGCCUUUGGAUUACCUAUGAGCGACGGUGGGAAGGAAUGGAAAAAAAAAACCUAAAGCAGGAAGGGAAAAAAACUCAGACAGAACUAGGCUUAGGGAAGGCGGCCAUUGCUUUGAAUGGUUGGGUGAGAGUGGGGAUGAGGGGGGUGGGAAUAACAGGAUAACUACUUUAUUAUGUCUUCUAAAGAUUUUUGACAGUCAUGGCGACGCUAUAAACUCACAUAGAAAAAAUAGACAGUUAACGCAUUACGUUGCUCUUGAAUAAGCUAAAUAGAAUCUGCAAUGCUGUUUGACAAGCUUUGUUUGGAGAAUGAUUAUUAAAUGAUGACAUUUAUUUAGUCUUACGAGAGUGUAAAGAUGUUUUUACUGCAUUGUUCAGUUCAGACUUUUACUUCACAGUAAUUUUACAAUGACAUGUAAUUUCUGUACAUGUUGUCAAUAACGUGUUGCAUCUCAGAUCAUGUCACGCUGUUCUUUUUUUAACCAAAUAAAAUUGACACAAAUCGGA